CGCGCGCCCUGGCGGCCGCUGCGGCCGCCGCCAUCAUGUCCGCCGCCAUCGAGCAGGAGUUCCAGGAGAUCGACGCCACGAACGACUGGCAGGCGCGUUAUCUGAUCUGUUUGUUCUUUGUGCAAGCUCCCAAAGCCCGUCAGCCAUGUAAACAAGAGAAGUUCCAGUGUGCUGUAUCAGAAAUAAAAAACCUAAUAGAUCAAGAGGAAAUCCGACAUAAAUCCAGUGAUUACCCUCACAGAGUUGCAAAAUAUCCAGAAAACAGAAAUCGGAACAGAUACAGAGAUGUUAGUCCAUAUGAUCACAGUCGUGUAAAACUCCAGAACACUGAGAAUGACUAUAUCAAUGCCAGCCUAGUGGUCAUAGAAGAAGCCCAGAGAUAUUAUAUUCUUACACAGGGUCCACUACCUAAUACAUGUUGUCAUUUUUGGCUAAUGGUAUGGCAACAACAAACCAAAGCAGUUGUCAUGCUGAAUAGGAUUGUUGAAAAGGAAUCGGUGAAGUGUGCACAAUACUGGCCAACAAAAGAAGAGGAAGUUAUGACAUUCAGUGAAACAGGUUUCCGUGUGAGACUAGUGUCUGAAGAUGUCAAAUCCUAUUACACAGUGCAUCUACUGCAAUUAGAAAAUAUCAACAGUGGUGAGUCCAGGAUGAUCUCUCAUUUUCAUUAUACUACAUGGCCAGACUUUGGAGUUCCUGAAUCCCCAGCUUCAUUCCUGAACUUCCUGUUUAAAGUCAGAGAAUCUGGUUCACUGAGUCCUGAACACGGACCUGCAGUAGUUCACUGCAGUGCAGGAAUAGGACGUUCUGGCACAUUUUCAUUAGUAGAUACUUGUCUUGUUCUGAUGGAGAAAAAAGACCCAUUUUCUGUAGAUAUUAAGAAGGUAUUACUGGAUAUGAGAAAAUAUCGAAUGGGACUUAUUCAGACUCCUGAUCAACUAAGAUUUUCAUAUAUGGCUGUAAUAGAAGGAGCAAAAUUUAUAAUGGGGGAUUCAACUAUACAGAAACGGUGGAAGGAGCUCUCUAAGGAGGACCAAGUGCCAAGUUCCGAGCAGUCUCCUCCACACCCAACCAAAAUAACCCCAGAGAAGUACAAUGGGAACAGCAUAGUCCUGGAGAACAAAGAUCAGAUGGAGAAAAUAAACACUGACCUGUCCACUAAAGUUCAAGAUAUCACAGAUGGGAACAUUGAAAAUUCUUCUGUCCGAAAACGACUGCGGGAGGAUAGAAGAGCAAAUACAGCACAGAAGCUGCAGCAGAUGAAGCAGAAGUUAAAUGAGACUGAAAGAAAAAGAAAAAGGUGGUUAUACUGGAAACCUAUUCUCACUAAGAUUGGGUUUGGUACACUGAUUUUAGUUGGUGCUUAUUCUUGCUGGAAAAUGUAUUUUCAAGAACAUUCCUUUGUAAGUGAACAGUAAGUGUGACUGCUCAAACAGAUAAUUUUGCUGGAAGGUAAUGAGUAGGGGUGUGACUUAAAGCAUAAACUCCUUAUUCCUGGAAUGGGUACAGACUGUUACAUACAAUAGAGAAGUGAUGUAAACUUGAUCUCAUGUCGACAUCUCAGGAUUUUCCACUGCAGGUACUUAGACAAAUGAACCGCUGCCCCCCACAGAAUUGAUGGUUUUUGUUUAAUAUGAGCAGGUACAAACUUGCUGCAGCUGUUUAUAUACUUUUUAAAAUGAUGUUCUGCCAGAUCUUGAACAAAUGCUGAACCACGGAAAUUUAGCUCCUGAAGGCUGUCUGGAUUUAAAUUUACAUGCCUGACAUAAGCAAUAAACAGUGUUGUAUCAUUUACAUUAUUAAUGCAAAGAAAUUAUCCUUAAAUAUGUGUAAUGUGUAAUGUACUAGUGACAAGAACAUAAACAUUUUAUAUUCUUACGACCUAGGAUAAAUAUAUUUUAUAAUUGCAUAUUUAAUCUUUUUGUAGUUCACUGUACUUUUAAAAGCUCAGUUUGUACAAAUUUCUGACCAAAAGAAUUUCAUUUUGAAACUAAAUGUAAUUAUAAUUUGUGCAUGGAAGGAGUAGUGCAACCAUUCCCCAUAUUUGACUCGCCAGUUUGAAAUGAGCAGCUAGGGGUCUGAUGAAGCACUUACCAAUUUCUGCUCUGUUAAUCUGCAUUCCUUAUUUAUUUUUUGUAGUUUUCAUUAUUUAAGUAAGACUUGGAUUUUUUUAAGGCUUUUGAGAACUUAGCCCCCACUGAAAGUUAUACUGUUGAUUAUUGUAUUCAGAUUUCAGCUACUGUUUGAAGGCCAAUAUUGUUCAAGUUCUGACAUUCCAUUAAAUGUAAAACAUAAUGCUUUGUGUGUCUUUAGAUUUUAAUUGCUAGAAAGAAUAAAAUUAUUCAUCGGUAAUAGUUGUAGAAAACACAUCAAAGGAAACGGUAGUUGGACUUCCAAGGGUGCCUCUAAUAGAAGAAAUGCUGGUAUGGUUCUGCCAUACCCAGUGUUUUCAGCUGUAUGAGCCACUUUGGUAGCUUCACAAAGUCUAGAACUGCUUUUCAGGUUCCCCAGCACUGUAUUAGAGAGACAUGCUAGUAAAACUAUUGGUGACUAAUAUUUUGGGAGUAUCUGUGCUACAGCCCCUUUGAAAUUAUUGAGCACUCCCUUUCCAUUACUUGGGUAGUAACACUUUCUAGAUAGUAAUUCAACACAAACCACUUUCUGCCCUUUAAAUUACCUUUGAAGACAGAGAUGGUAUAUGGCUGAAUGUAGCUUGGUGUUCAAGCUGGGAUCUAGUAAUUUGUAGGAUUGGAUUUGAAAUGCGAAUUUUGUUUAUUCAAGCAUUGCCUUGUUGGGUAACUUCAGAGAAGUUGUUUUGUCCUUCCGUUUUCUAAGCUUGGUUGUUUUCUGUUGGGUGUGGGGUCUUGGGAGUUUUUCUUCCACAC